AUGUUAGAAAAUAUAUUUGCUAUUGCACAUCAUUAUAAACAUGAUUGUUUAGUAUUAUCAGCAUUUGGUUGUGGUGCUUGCAAAAAUCCACCUGAACAUGUUGCUUUACUUUUUAACUCUGUUAUUUAUCAAUAUGCUGGCUAUUUUAAAACAAUUUAUUUUGCUAUUGUUGAUGAUCAUAAUACUGGAAAUCGAAUUAAUCCAGAUGGAAAUCUUCUUCCAUUUAAAAAAAUACUUAAUGGUUUGAAUGUUCAUCCACUAUCAACAAUACGUGUUAAUGGUGUUAGUGGAUCAAAUCGUAUUCUAAAUAAAACAUCAGAUGGAAAAUUAAAUCUAAGUGAUGUAUAUAUUUUAUAUCUUCAACCAUGUCAAUAUGGAUCAAAAUGUCAUGAUCUUAAAAAUCCUCAACACAAUAACAAUUAUUUACAUCCACCAAUAUGUUCAUAUCAAGAUGCAACAUCAUUAUGUGAACAGAUGAAUGAUGAAGUACAUAUGUUUACAUUUCUACAUAAUAUCAAAUGUCAAUAUGGUGGUCAAUGUGAUGAUAAAGAUCCAAACCGUUUGAGUGAAUAUGAUCAUCCAGAUUAUUGUUUAGAUGGAGGCAAUUGUCAAAAUGUUCAUCAACAACUUGUAAAGAAUUUCGUCAUUGUAAAUCUAUGUGUUCUUAUGAUAAUUGUUGUAUUCAAUUUCAUGAUAAACAACAUUUUGAAGCUACAAUACAUUCAUUUCGAUUACCAUGUCCAUUUACACCAUAUAAUUGUUCAAGGGAAUAUAAUUUAUGGUCAGUAAAAUAAAUGAAAUGAUCAGUAGAAUAAAUGAAUGGUCAGUAAAAAAUGAAUGAUCAGUAAAUUAUUUAAAUGGUCAGUUAUUAAAAUAACUGGUUCGUUAAUAUAUUUAAAGGUCAGUAAAUUAAUUUAAAUGGUAAGUAUAAACAUCGAAACGUGUUAUACUAUCACAUUACCCGUGUUAACAGCGCCUUUGAGGCAAUCAAUAAAAGAAACAAAAAUGAUUAAAUAAUUAGAGAAUGUCAUGUUUUAUGGAGAUUUUUGACAAUGGCUUCAAAUAUUGUCGUUAGUUGGUGAACUGGACGAGACUCUUCUUCAAUUAAUGCAAAAUAUUUGUUACAGAAUCAACAAUAUCUUCAGAAUUGUAGACUUUAUCUUAUCAAUGGGCUAAAUCAACAAAAAACUUAGUUGGCCUUCCAAAUGAUGCUUCAGAAUAAUAUUGUAUUCGAGCUAGUCAUUUAGAAUCGAUUACAUAAGUCGAUUUAAAUAAAUAUAUAAAUAAAAAAAUUGACAACUUUUAUUCAAUACAAAAAUCAUUUAAUAUUUGGUGUUUGGAAAUGAAACAUGGCUCAGCUUGGAAAACAUCAAAUGCAACUGUUUAGGUUUUUUUUGAAGAACUGCAUAUGCAAACACAUUGUAGAUGUGUCUGUUCAUUUGAAAUAUUGUAAAUCACUAGCAAAAAAAACGUCUCGAUCAAUGAGAAAAGAAAACAGAGGUAGACUAGUGAAGGCUAAACCUAUAUUGCUAGUAUAAUAAUUGAAUUUUCAUUUUCUUUUUUGCUU